CGCGUGAAAAAAAUAUUGAAAGAAUUAAAUGUCAGUGUGCUUGCAUUGCAAAUAUUUGUCAGUUCAACUGAUGGCUAUUUGUGGUUUUAUUUGGAAAAAGUAAUCAGAACUUAUAUGGGACCCGUGUGACUUGCCUCGCUGUCCAUUUCUAGCGGAAUUAGUUGGACGAAAAGUGUGCCGCUAGCUGUCUCGCUAGUGUAAGUAAGGCUGUGUAGACGGGUGCCAGAGGAGGAGCUCAAUGGCUUACUUCGCAGGGUGUGAAGUGGAGGAAUGUAGCAAGAAUGGAAAAAGAAAGGUGGAAACAAUGACUCUCAGGAAAGAGGACAUGUCUAUCUUCGGCCACUGCCCGGCGCACGACGAGUUCUGCCUGGUGGUGUGUGGUCACUGCGGGCAGGUGGUGAAGCCGCAGGCGUUCGAGAGGCACUGCGAGGCCCGGCACGGCCCCCUGGGUAAACUCUGCGGCCGGCUCCACCCCUCCCCCUCUGCCGGGGCUCAGAAGCCCCGCCCCGGACACGCCCCUCCCCGCCCCGGCCACGCCCCGCCCCGCCCUGCCCGCGACAGCCGGCCCCAGGGCACGGGGCCCCCCCGGGUCCCCCCGCAGCCCCCCCUGCCCCUGGGGCAGCACCGGCCCGCCAGACCACUGAAGGAGGGAGCUGGCUGUUCACCCACGGAGGAGCUCUCUCAGACCCCGCCCCCUCCGGACUCCCCUCCGUACUCGAUGUCUCCUGGCAACCGGGGGCCCCAGCGGCCCCCCCACCGCACCGGCCCCUCCCCCUCUGAGAAGCCCCUCCCUCGGCGGGGGGAGCUGGGCCGGCCUCCAGACUCCAGCAGCACCCUCCGCGCCCCCAGAACCUACAGCAAAACCUACAAGAAAGUGCCCAAGAAAGAGUGCAACCUGGACAAGCACUGUGGUGUUCUGGACCUGGAGAGGAGGAAGCUCUGUACCAGGCUGCUCACCUGCAAUAUACAUUCCAUCCACCAGCGUCGGCAGGUAGCUGGCAGAAGCCGGAACUUCGACCAGCUGGUGGCCGAGCUGAAGAUGAGCUCCAGGGCUCGGGAGCGGGCGGGCCAGGUCAGGGAGGGGGCUGAGGUGGGGUCGCCCAGCCCCGAGCCCCCCGGGGGCCAAACAGGGUCCCCGGCAUGCAGACGGAGACUGGCCAACUGCACAGUGCCCAGGUCCAGGACCCCCUCGGGGAGCGGUGCGGAAGAGGGGGAGCACUGGGAGGAGGAGCCCCCACACCCCUCCGCCCCCAGCCGGCUGUCCAGUGAGGAGAGCGAGGGGGAGGGGCAGGAGGAGCCCCCGGACGUCCCCUUCACCUCCUGGCACCCGAAACCACUCGCGCUGUGUUCGUUCGGCAGUCAUGCUCUGGGCCGCAGUGUCUUCACCUUCGACCGUCGGCUGCACCACCUGCGGUCGGCCCUGAACACCAUGGUGGAGCAUCACCUCAGCGCUCACCUGUGGAAAAAAAUACCUCAAGCUGCAGACCUCCAGUCUACGCUCCCUAGCCUCACCUCUCCGCACUACAACUCCCAGCAUUCCACGGGCGGCACCACAAGAGGGGCGGGGCUUCCCGGUGCCGCCUCCUCCCUCAGGACUUGCGCUUCUUCCUCUUCCUCCUCUUCCUCGCUCGGGGUGGGGAGGGGGGGGCGGCCUUCAAACUCCUCCCCCAGCCCGGGCUCCGCCUGCAGGGUGUCGGAGGGCAAGGGCGGGGGCCAGCCAAUCACCGCGCCCCUCCAAACCACCGCGCCCUCGCCCUCCCCCUCGGGCGAGGCCCGGCCGCGUAACCCCGUGGGCCGUCCCAGCAAGCAGCAGACCCGUUUGCGGGAGGCCGAACGCCGCUCCCCUCCCACGCCCUCCAAGAGGAGGAAACCGCCCCCAGAAGACCACUCCACCUCCCCAUCCCCCUCCCCCUCCCCCUCCCGAGACAGGAACUGCUCCGGCCACGAAAGGGGCCGGCCCCCAGGCUUCUCCAGGACCACGCCCUCCCCCCACGGACCAAUCAACGGCGCCCUUUCGCCCGGGAGCAAGCCGCCACGCCCCAAACCCCCCUCACCAGAGCCCCGCCUACCCUCCCCCGGGCUCUCCAAGUGGCCCCUCCCCCACGGACACGCUCAGGCCCCGCCCCCCGGCCACGCCCAGUCGCCGCCCCCCGACCCCUCGUCACGGGGCCGCGGCGGGGGCCCGGGGCCCCACAGGAAGGCCGUCAGCUACGACCACAAGGGCCUGGGGAAGAAGCGCAAGAGCAGCUGCCCCCCGCCCCUGGCCCCCCCGCGCCCCUCCAAGCUCCCCCGCCUGUCGGCCGCCUCCCAUUCCGGAUUCUUCUCCUGGAAGAAGGACGGCAAAGCGGGCGGCGUCCCCGCAGGGCUGGGGAAGGGCCUCGGCACACAGAAGCCAAAACUGCAUCACUGAGAGUGCCUGCCUUAUUACCACCGGGAGAAGAAGCCUCUGGCAGUCUGUCCAUCAGACAGGAACCUUACAAGUGUGUGUGUUCUGCACCUGUGUGCUGACAUCAGUAGGAGUGUGUGUAUGCGUGUAUGCGUAUGUGUGUAUGUAUGUGUGUGUGUACAUGCGUGGGUGAGAGAUAAUGAGUACAGAGAGUGAAUGAAUAAAUGAAUUACCUGUGUAUAAAUAUAGAAAUACCUCAAGACCUACCUGUUAUGCUGCUAAACAGAUGAAUAUGUUGAUAUAUGGAAAAACGGAUUAAAUAUCCAUAUCACUUGAA